AUGCCCAUUGACCAAACGAACACUGCAUCCGUUGGCCAGGGAACUGCGGUCGGACAAGGCGGAGAUGCCAUGCCGGAGCUGCCGCCGGACACUCCUCCAGCGUCAACGCUCUCAAGAGCAGCCUUCUCUCAAAAUGACCCCUUGCCCGAAGGAUAUCCGUCCAUCUCGUUGGAGAUGAGCGUCUAUCCCGAACUCGGCGUAUUCCGUCGAUUUGGGAAACUCAAUGCGCAAAGCCUCUUGUACAUGCAAGCCGAGAUCCAAAAGAUGGAGAAAGAACUGAACGAGAUCCAAGUCAUGAACUGCUACGGAAGCCAGGAACAGAAAUGGUCGCUCAGGAACUGGUCGUGGUUGGGCGCUGCCGAUGAUUCGAGCAGAGAAGUGCAGCUGAUCAACGGCAUUCGCGAUAGGCUUAAGGAGUACAACAAUGCCCUGAUCCGACAGCAAAAGAUCCUUCGCAUGCCGCCGCCCGGGAAAAGGGAUCUCAGUUGGCUCCAGGACUUCCUCCUCCAGCAGCAGAUGACCGGGGACGAUUCCAGCAUCUGGGGGGACUCUCAGCGACCCGACAAAGGCGCGAAAGACCUGGUGACGUUGCUGGCUCGCCCCGACGGGGAUCCACUAUCCACUUGGGUCUCGGAAAAAGCCGUCGACCACCUUGUCCGAUUCAAGUGGCUUCGCUCUCGAGAGCUUCAGGAAGCUUGGGGCCGAGAGGGGUGCAAGGAGGAAACUCUCCGGAAGCUGACUGCGACAGUGACCAGCGUCGUUGCAUCCACCCUACCCAUCGUUUCCAUCGUCGUUCUUUACUUUGUCCAACCUCUUGGGGCGCGCUUGGGUAUAAUUGGAGCGUUCAAUGUCGUGCUGGCCGUUUCCCUGGCUGUGUUCACAAAGGCCAAGCGAGCCGAGGUCUUUGCUGUGACUGCAGCCUUCUCAGCCAUUCAAGUCGUGUUCGUACAGGUUGGCAGCAAAGGACCAUAA